CAAUAAUUACCGUACUUCAUAGAAGUAAUGGACAAAUCCGACAAAAGUAGCAGCUGUUGACAAAUUUUGGGACGUUUUUAAUUUUCUACUUUACUAUUAACAUUUUAAUGAUAUAUUUAUCAACAAAAUGACAGAGAAGAUACUUCCGGUGGAUAAUAAGGUCCAUGAAUUGAAGUUAGGUUCCAGUUUCGAGCCCCGAUCACGAGUUGCUUUCCACUCUUUUCGUUAUGAUUUUAUGCCUGCAUCUGUUGAUGCAACACAACAAGGACUAGUGGAUGUUGGGGAGGGGCACCAGAUAACAGUCAGUCUGCCACACGUAGAGGGUUCAGGUACCUCCCACACAAUGUAUAAAGGGAACAAACGCCCGAGCCCCAAGGAGUGUGUCCUAAUUAUAGAUCACCAGACCGGCACUUUUACCCUGGAGAGACUCUCAAACACUGUCAACCUGAAAAAGACAAGAAUGGAGGGCAGUAGUAAGAUCACACAAAACAGUCGACCUUUGACCCCAGUUGACGUCAACAAGAGGUCACCAGUGAAGCAAAAAGCCGUGACCACGGCCCCCAACAAUGUGAGCCCCCCGACGCCCCCGAUGGAGUCCCCCACUGUGACCCCUGUACAUGACGAACCAAAGAAUGAGGACUCGCAGAAAUCAGAACAAAGUUGCAUUGGAUUUAUCAGUAGCAGUGAUGAAUCAUCUAGUGACUCCGAUAACUCAGCUAGUGACUCAGAAGAUGAGUUUAAAACGAGUAAUGGAAAACCUGGACAAGGUCUGUUUGGUUCCCAGAGUCAGUCUCUCUUUCAGACAGCACCCUCCUCCAAUAUCUUAGGUAAAGAUCUUGAGCUAAGCGACAGUGAUAGUGAUUAGCAGCUCCAGCAAUGGACAGAAAUGGUCACAUCAGACAUCGCAUAUCAAUAUUGACGGCAUCAGUGAAGCAGUGGGAGAACAUUAUAUAUACAGUGUAACCGUGGUGAACCGCAGUCACGGCGGGAAUUGUUGAACGGGAGAGAGUGCGGGUGUACUACGGAAUAUAGGACUUCCAUAUAAAAGUACAUUAUAGGAAAUGUUCGUGCUCAUGGACUGUGUCUGGUGAUGUGUCCGACAGAGUUCUUGUGGAAGCUGCCCUGACCGUUGUUGGGGUGGUACAAGGUGGCAGUCUUCGGGCCUUGUUGUCUCUUUAUAACAUGUCUAGUCUAAUUUACUGUGUAAUGAUUUCAUUGUUACAGCGUGUUUAUGUGUGAUUUAUUUGAUACAGGUAUUUAUUUACCAAUCUCAUGAGGCAGUUAAUUGCCUUGAUUUGAAACUGUUUAGUGCAUGUACUGCAUGAGUACAUGUGCGAAUAUCUGGAGUUUUAGGAGUUUUUGCUUAUAGGGUAAUUAGUGUCUUUGUUAUCUUAAUUAUGGACUUUUUAUACAAUACCUAUCAUGAAUUAUUUAUAAAACUACCUGGAAAAAUAAGUAGCAAGAUUUACAAUACGGACUUAUUUUUAUAUGUCUCGUGGAGUAACUAAUAAUUAUGUUGGACAGUUUAAUAUAUCUCAAUGUACAUAUAUAGUCUCUCUGAUUUUAUUUUUACCCAUGUGAUUGCCUGAUGUGUGGAUAGUGUAAAUAACAAUUAAUGUCUCUGAUGGUAAUCACUAAAAAGAAACGGUUUUAGUUCUAGUAUAUAUGGUACGGAGUUAAAGGACCUUCGUUUGUCUUUGAUCAUAUGUAUGUAAUGCUUUAACUUGUGAAAUGGGGAGGGUAAGCUGCUUAUGGAGUUGCAAUUUUAGUGUGAAUUUAUGAUCUUCUUGUCUCCAUACAUGUCAUUUGACUGCUUUUAGAAACUACCUGGUCUAUAAUAUUCUAUACAAUAUUCAGUGAAGCUUGACUGAGGUGAAGGUCAAAAUAGAUGGAAUCAAUGAUUCGUGAAUAUGACCCUUUUUUUAUAGAUUGUCUGAGUCUCUCAGGUGAGGACUCUCGACUCAGGUGACCUAUCAAGAUUGGUCUUCGUCCGUCGUCCUUUAAUAAUUAGACAUAUUAAACUUUUUCUUGAUAACCACCCUUCCAAUUCUUUUCAAGUCUUCAUUACCACGAUCUUCUGUAAUAUUUUCCAAGAACGAUUUUCUUUUUGCUUGGAGCUGGUUUAGUUUAGUAAUGAUAUUUACAUAUGAUGAAUAUUCCUUUUUAAAUCUAAUCGCCUAGCUGGGUAGUUCAGUCGGUUAACAUGUUGACUAGUAAUUAAACCCAGACUUGUACGUAUAUGCCAGGCAGUAGUAGUUAUUGUCCAUUGUCUUUCAUGCAUUUGUUAUUGUCGUUCUUCAAAAUAAAAUUUGAAUCAAAA